AUGGAAACCAGCGACCGUGAAACUACUGUCGAUUCCUUCGUCAGUAGCAUAGAACAUGUGAACUCUUCAUCUUUCAGCAACGAGGGCGAUCGGAUGAAAGCUCUCUUGGCAGCACAGGCUCUGCUGGUCCGACUCGAGUCGCCGUGGGACACGGCUGUGAGACUCAACAUGACUCAACCGGCUCUUGGUGCUGCUAUAAGGACGGUGAAGGAUUUGGAAUUAUUCGAGAGGUGGAACGAGCACGGAAACGGACCACUUACAAGCGCGCAAGCGGCGGAGAUUAUCGGAGGCAAAUGCGAUCCUGCGUUGCUUUACCGACUUCUCCGUCUUCUGGCAGCAAACCAUCUCUUAGAAGAACCAUCGCUUGGCACAUUCAAGCCCACGCAGUUUGGCGUCGCUAUCACAGCACCUGUGUUCAAUGGGCUCUUCAGUAGCUACUACAAUCUCAUCCUGCCAAUCUACGCAAAAUUGCCAAAGUUCUUCGAAGCAACCGGGUACAAGAACCCCGAAGACUCUAGACACUCAGGAUUUCAAUACGCCCAUGGGUGGGAUGGAGACCUCUGGUCAUACUACCAAGCUCAUCCCAAGGAGGAGGAAGAGUUCAGCAUCAUACAACAAAGCAUUGCGGCACAGCAGCCCGCGUGGAUCGAUGUCUUCCCCGCAGAAUCGCUUCUCGAGACAAACCCUGACACACCAUUGCUAGUUGACAUCGGGGGUAGCACCGGCCAUGACGUUCUGAAGUUCCACGCCCUUUACCCCGAGACAGCUUCCCGGCUGUACUUGGAGGACUUGGAGUCCGUGAUAGAAAAGGCGGAACUUCCGUCUGGCGUGAACAAGGUGGCUUACGAUUUCUUUAAGCCGCAGCCCAUCAAAGACGUUGAAGGCCCUGCGAACCCUCGGGCUACCGCUUUCGACAUUCAAAUGAUGGUUAUGGUAUCAGGAAGGGAGAGAUCCGAGAAGGAUUGGCGGCAGCUUCUUACAUCUGUUGGUCUCAGUGUGGUGAAAAUUUGGAAAUUACCUUCGGCAGCUCACAGCAUCAUUGAGGUUGAGGUAUUACCGGUUUAG